AUUCAUUAUGGAUUCGACAGAGUUCGACAACGUGCCACUUCUGGAACGAGAAACGAAUAACCCUUCAGAAACAGUUAUAACUAGAGAUACUAACCAGGACCAACAAGCACCCAGAAAAAGAUCUGUGAGGUUUAAGAAUCCAACAACAAGUGACACGAUUACCAUUGAGGAGCUCGCUAAGAGGAAGGAUCCUUUUGAUAUCACAGACGAAGAGUUCGAGAAACUCUCACUUUACAGAUCACAAAUUGGUUCUUCGUCUGGUGCUUUCACAGUGGGUGGAGUGUUCUGGAUGGUGUGCAGCAUAUAUGUACUCUACUACACACAGCUUCCAAUAGUCAUAAAGGCAGACGAGAGAGUGGACUGGUUCUGGCUGAGUCUCAGUGGCCUCAUGUUGACAGUCUGUCUCCUCCAGGCAUCCUACUUCAUCGUCUUCCUCUCUUGGAUCAACAAAGUGUCGAGUGACAAUUGGGAGAAACACUUCCCGCCUGGCAUCCCAAUUGCAACAGCCACCUUCCUCCUCUUUUCCCUCUUCCUCAACAUGGCACUGUGGCCUGUGUUCGGACUACUCACUCCACUCAUUUUAUUGUCACAGUUCAUGGGCGGCAUCACCUUCUUGGCUCUUUUUCCCUGAUUCCCUGAACAAGCAAAAGUUCCGUGAACGAAGAAGAAAUCAAACUAUAGAAUUCAAAUGAUCAGAGUGCAAAAGAAGUGAAUGAACUGAUAUGUGAAUAGACUCAUAAAUGACGAAGUGCGCGAACAAGUGAACUUAAUUGUAAAUGGACUGCAAACAUUAUUUUGACAUGCAUAAGCGAAUUUGUGCGCAAAACUCACUUUUUAAUUAAUUUAGUUUCCAUUGACAUAGAUUUUUGUUGUAUAAAUUUAAAUUGCUAUUAAUAAAGUUCAAUUCGCACUAUUUUAUCAACCGUGUAAAUCCUGAAAGUAUAAUUCAGUUAAAUAUGAGAAAUGAA